GAGGUACCAGUUGUAACAUACGGUUGCAUGUGAUGCCGCGUUGGACCUCUGUCGCCACGGCUGGGCUGAGCUGCAACCCGUUCGGCCAACGGAACGUUUGUCCACAGCGUUCGCGGAAGCCGGUGGAAGUCGUGGUUGCACCGAGAAACCGGAAGUGCGGCUCCGGGUGGGAUGGACGGGAUGGCGGACGUUCCGAGCAACGCACCGGCACAUUGUCCAGGGACAGCCAGUGAAGAUGCUGGUAAGGCUUCUGCCUGCCAGGGUUGUCCUAAUCAGGCAUUAUGUGCUUCCGGUGCCUCAAAAGCUCCAGAUCCAGCCAUUCAGGAGAUUAAGGAGAAAAUGAUAUCUGUUAAACAUAAAAUCCUGGUUUUGUCUGGAAAAGGAGGGGUUGGCAAGAGCACUUUCAGUGCCCACCUAGCUCAUGGGAUAGCAAGUGAUGACACCAAGCAGGUUGCUCUUCUGGAUGUUGAUAUCUGCGGUCCAUCAAUUCCAAAAAUGAUGGGAGUAGAAGGUGAGCAGGUACACCAGAGUGGGUCAGGAUGGUCUCCUGUGUAUGUAGAAGAAAACCUGGGUGUAAUGUCUGUAGGAUUUUUGCUCAGCAGUCUUGAUGAUGCUAUCAUUUGGAGAGGACCCAAGAAAAAUGGUUUGAUCAAACAAUUUCUGCGAGAUGUGGACUGGGGAGAAGUGGACUAUUUGAUUGUUGAUACACCACCCGGUACCUCAGAUGAACAUCUCUCUAUUGUACAGUACUUGAGUGCCACACAGGUCGAUGGAGCUGUGAUCGUCACCACUCCCCAGGAAGUUUCACUACAAGAUGUUAGAAAGGAAAUCAACUUCUGCCAGAAAGUGAAACUGCCUAUAAUUGGAGUUGUAGAAAAUAUGAGUGGUUUUGUGUGCCCGAAAUGUCAGCACGAAUCCCAAAUUUUCCCACCAACCACAGGAGGUGCCAUGAAGAUGUGCAAAGAUUUAAACAUUCCCUUUCUUGGUAAACUACCCUUGGAUCCCAGGAUAGGGAAGAGUUGUGAUGAAGGCAAAUCAUUCUUAUCAGAAAUUCCUGAUUCUUCUGCAUGUAUUGCCUACAAGGAUAUAGUUAAACGAAUCCAGGAACACUGUGAUGCACAUAGUUCUGAAGUGGAAAAAAUUGCCUAAUGUGACCUCAAGAAAUUUCUCUGGAAAAUGCUGAGUGAAUUUGACUGACUUGCAUCCAUCAGUGAAGGGAAUCAAAUGAAUUCACUUGGACUAAUUUUCCCAAUCCUUGUAGGUAAUCUCUGACAUUUAAGUCCUGUUGCCAUCUGACUCUAUUCCUGUACAAAGUUAUGCUUUUUAAUGUCAAUGUAAGUGGCUUAUGGAAAUAAAUGUUAAGAUUUGUAGCAGUGUCUGAUUUUGCAUAAUGCACAAUAGGCAACAGUGGUGAAAUAAGAGAUUUGUGAUUGGGUCAUUUAAUGAUAGAAGGAGGAGUUAAAUAAAGAAACUAUGUUUGGCUGCAUGCCAACAGCUAGUGGAGGAUAAGGACAAUUGACAAAAUUGUCCUUGUGUCCCACUAAAUCAAUGCAUUCUUUCUUUAGGCACCAUUCUAAGAAUGGCCCAGUAAAUAAGAAUUUGUUAUCCUUUUUAGAUAUUUUAAAUUUAAGAUUAAAUCUGUUUUUUGUUGAAUUUGUAACUUAAUUUACAUUGGGGGAAAAAUAAAGUCCAUCAGUGGAUGCCAUGCAGUUGGAUACAAGAGAUAUUGUCUUCACUUAAAUGUUUUCUGUUGCAGCACAGUGUUGUUGUUAAGUAUUUGCCUGUAAUACUGCAAAAGGCACUGGGUUCACUCAGUACUACCCACUCCUGCAAUAAUGAAAAUUUGGAACAUUGCACAGGAGUUUUUGUUUUUGAGUGACCUGCAUAUUCUGGCAAAUAUGUACUUUUAAACGUUCAAAAUUGUGCAGAUCAAACCUAAAUUACUUUGAGAUGGAAAUAAAUUAGAUUGCCUUUCUUCACCAACACCCCCCCCCCCCCCCCCAACCCAAUUUCAGUUUAUUUCUUUUAACUAAAGUGUUGAUCGGGUAUUUAAGUUUCUGUAUAUGUAAAGUUAUUGAAGUGUAUGAAACUGAGUGGCUAGUAUAAGGGAAAUAAGUUCCCUAACAGUAACAAUGGAACAGAUUUAGGGUUUCUGGUAGAAUUUUAAGGGAAUUGAUGUAUUUUUGUUUCCUCAUUGAAAGAACAGUGAGGUCUGGAACUGUGCCUGAAAAAGAUUAUGGAGGUCUGUAAAAUUACAAUAUAUUUGAGUCCAAGUGUGCAAUGACAAGCUUGAAUUAUGCAAGAUGAGACAAUAACAAUGUAAAGGAUUAGUGUAUUAUACACUGAAGUUGUCAACUUCAACUGUAAGCAAGGCACUGUACUUCCAAAACAAUAUUUUCCAAAAUUUACAACAUAAAUAAACUAUCUUCAACUGAAA